CCGGUGCGAAUUAACCCCCCCAUGUCUGGAAUUAAGGUAGUGUAAAAUUGAUCUUACCCACUCUAUCCGAAAAUCCGCCUCUGCGCAAGCCACGGGGGAAAUUGCUUCACAAGAAAAAUCCCCCGACGACCGCCGCCCCGGCCGUUCGCUACGAAGUAUAAACCUUUUCCUCCAAGCUUUCCCGGCCUCCCGCCCUCCUCCCGACUUCUCUUUUCCUACUUCUUCACUUCUGCAUGCUCGACAGGUCUUGGUCGGCUCUUGUCUUGUUUCUUGUACAGUCUCAAUCGCCAAAGGUGCACGCGACAUCCCGUCUCUGCCCUGAAGCCCCCCUCCUCCAAGUCGACUCUGCUCGGGCAAGCCAUCUGCAGAUCUCCCCCUUUUCGACCUCGAACAUCUUUAGGCUUACCAGUUGUCACCGCAACACCCUCGACCGCUCAACACCUCUCAAUUCGCGAUAAUGACUGCCGCCGAAUCCCCCAUGGCUCAAUCUACCGCCCCGGCCUCGGCCGGCAAAGACCAGAUCGCGACUCGCCGACGUAGAAAGUCGAGCGUGCGAGGCCACGGCCACGGUCACGACGCCAACGCCCGCCAGCCCUCGAAGCAGGAGCAGCUCGAUCGUCUCUCUAAGCGCAGCCGCGCCCGCGCCAUCCUCCGCCGCUGCAAGCACAUCGCCGUCAAGCACACCUGGACCACACCCCUCGUCAUGGUCCUCGUCUUCCUCUCCCUCUACGCCGUCAACCCUACCGAGUCAAACAUCAUCCACCACUUCAUCUUCCUCUCCUACAAGAUCCCUCAGCAAGGACUCGAUGCCGCCGCCGCCGGCGCUGACUCCGACGCGCCCGCGCAGUAUGGAAAGGGUCUCUGGGAUAUCGCCUUUGUCUGCUUCUACGCCACCGUCCUCUCCUUCACCCGCGAGUUCAUCAUGCAGGAGCUCCUCCGCCCGCUGGCAAAGUCCCUCGGAAUCCGUUCCCGCGGAAAGCAGCAGCGCUUCAUGGAGCAGGCCUACACUGCCGUCUACUUUGGCGUCCUCGGCCCCUUUGGAUUGUACGUCAUGAGCCGCACCCCGGUCUGGUACUUCAACACCACGGGCAUGUAUGAGACGUUCCCCCACAAGACCCACGAAGCCGUCGUCAAGUUCUACUACCUGUUCGAGGCGGCCUACUGGGCGCAGCAGGCGCUGGUCAUGCUUCUCGGUCUGGAGAAGCCGCGCAAGGAUUACUACGAGCUCGUGGCGCACCACUGCGUGACGUUGGCCCUCAUCGGCCUGAGCUACCGGUUUCACUUCACCUACAUGGGUAUCGCUGUCUACCUGACCCACGAUAUCAGUGACUUUUUCAUGGCAAUGUCAAAGACCUUCAACUACGUUGACGCCCCCAUCACCGGACCCUGGUACUGCCUGUCCCUGGCCUCGUGGAUCUACCUCCGCCACUUCAUCAACCUCAAGAUCCUCUGGUCCAUCCUCACCGAGUUCUCCACCGUCGGCCCCUACGAGCUCAACUGGGAGACGCAGCAGUACAAGUGCACCCUCUCCAAAGUCAUCACCUUCAGCCUGCUCGGUCUCCUGCAGUCCCUGAACCUCUUCUGGCUCUUCUUCCUCGUGCGCAUCGGAUACCGCUACGUCUUCCAGGGCGUCGAGCAGGACGACCGGUCCGAGGCGGAGGAGUCUGAGGCCGAGCCCAUGGACACCAUUGAGGAGGUAUCCAAGGUCGACGUUGCACCCCUUGCUGCUGGCGGGGAGGCUGCACAGGCAGCUCAGGCUGUUGCGAAUGGCGUGGCCAAGGCGGCGAGUGGAGACGGCAUCGCGUCGCGAACCAGGAGUCGCCGCGCCGCUUGAGGCCUUGGGUUCAAAGUCACAUGGUUCUAGCUACCUGCGUACACUUUUUUUUGGGCGAGCAUCCUUUUGCUCGGACUGUUGUACAUGUAUCAUAUUCUUCAUUUUAAUAACGCCUAAUGUGUAAUGACAACAAACAUUGAUCACCAAU